AAUUUUUUUUAAAGAUGGGAUGGAGUGAUGUCACCUCAUUCCUGUGUGGGCAUUCAUUCCAUAAGCAGUGUGUUUCCAGAGCGAUGCUGUUCACCAAAACGCAAAAGCAGUAUUACGCAGUGGAGCGACAUUACUCUUGGAGCGUUGGAUUGUAAACUCUGUUCUUCUCACAGAAAUAUUUUUGGAAUUCUGUGUGCCCGUCGGGGAUGACCUGUAAUGAAGGAUUUGCUGUUUGGGGAAAUGCAUUAGUGAAGGCACUGCGUCAUAUGUAGCCUACUCUGUUUGCACUGACCAGGAGCGUUACGCGCAACGUAUCUCUCCGAGUUGGACGGCAGCUCAGCGCACCUUGUCUUGGCUGUUUUGGAAAGGGAAAGGGUGCAAAUCCACAACCAUGAUACGAAAGGACAAGUUGGAUUCAGAAUGGAUUUAACCCAGGUAAAUCUGUUGGUGGAAAACGUGUCCAACGAUGAGAACACCACAGACGCACCGCUUGGCUUGCCACACACGGAGGCAGCCACUGCCCUCAUCAUACUGGUAGUUACUGUGAUCAUUUCGGUGACCAUUGUAGGUAACGUGUUGGUGAUUGUAGCCGUGCUGACCAGCCGUGCUCUCCGUGCGCCCCAGAACCUUUUCCUGGUCUCUCUGGCAUCGGCGGACAUCCUGGUGGCCACGCUGGUCAUUCCAUUCUCCCUCGCCAAUGAGGUCAUGGGCUACUGGUACUUUGGAAGUACUUGGUGCGCCUUCUAUCUGGCUCUGGACGUGUUGUUCUGUACCUCAUCCAUCGUGCACCUGUGCGCCAUCAGCCUGGACCGCUACUGGUCAGUGACAAAGGCGGUCAGCUACAACCUGAAGCGGACACCUAAGCGCAUCAAGUCCAUGAUUGCUGUGGUGUGGGUUAUAUCAGCUGUCAUCUCUUUCCCUCCUCUUCUCAUGACCAAACAUGAUGAACGGGAGUGCCUGCUGAACGAUGAGACCUGGUACAUCCUCUCCUCCUGCCUGGUAUCCUUCUUUACUCCUGGUCUCAUCAUGAUUCUGGUUUACUGUAAGAUAUAUAAAGUGGCAAAGCAGCGCUCCUCCACCGUGUUCGUGGCCAAGAACGGCAUGGAGAGGCAGCCCUCUCAGUCCGAGACCUGUUUUGACAGGAAGGACAGGUUCGAGACUGAGAGCCCCAGUAGCCAGAGCUCCGGCAGCCACCAGCAGAGGCAGGGGGAGCUGGAUGACAUUGACUUGGAAGAGAGCUGCUGUCCGUCGGAUACUAAACCCCGCAGUCAUCGCUUUAGUAAGCGGAGAAAGGUGGAGGGGUCAGACCGCUGCCCGCCCCAGAACUGCCGUCUCUCCUGGGCUUCAGCACGGGCGUUACAGCUCUACCCGGAGCAGAAGAACCCAGCUGUGAGACAACAACUGGCCGCGGCCAACAAGACAAAAGUGGCCCAGAUGCGCGAGAAACGUUUCACCUUCGUCCUGGCGGUGGUGAUGGGAGUGUUUGUGCUUUGCUGGUUUCCUUUCUUCUUUACUUACAGCCUGCAUGCAAUCUGCAGAGACAGCUGCCAUAUCCCUGGCGCACUUUUCAACCUUUUCUUUUGGAUUGGCUACUGCAACAGUUCCGUGAACCCAAUAAUAUACACUAUUUUCAACAGGGAUUUCAGGAAAUCCUUCAAGAAAAUCAUAUGUGGAACAUCUAAACGCACAUAAGGGAUCUCUUUUUAUGGGAAGGAAUUAUAUUAUUAGAACUCAUUUUUCUCGACUGAUUGUUUCCCUCCCCAAAUUCAUUUCAAUGUAGCCUACUUUCAUAUUAAAACAAAACAGAACCAGUGUUGUGUGCACAUUUAAAAGUCAAUGAAUAAAACUAAAGCAAAAGAGCAAAAGAAAAGAGAAAUAUUUUUAGUGCACUAGUGUUGCAAACCAAAUGCAAUUAGUUAUUUAGGCUAAUAGACACACAUACGUUGUAAUUAAUGUAAUAUAUAUAGGUCAUUGUAUAAUAAGUCCUGUAACCAUACACCUUUAAACAAUAAAUAUCUGUAUUGGACCAAUCUUUUAGCAAAAGGAAAGAGCUAAAUUUGAAGUCUUGAAGGUAGCUGGAUUCCAGUGCUGAAUGCUGGUUCACAGGGGGUGUUUUGUGUAAAGAUAAAAAGUACAUUAAUUUGCACAAUAUACAAGAUAUGAUCACGGUGAUAAGCAGGCAAGCAAGUGUUGCCUGUGAGUGUGUGUGUGUCAUGGAAAAAUAAUGUAAUCAAAUCCUAAAAGAUGUAGGUUUAUCUUCAUGUUGCAAUGCAGAAUGUUGCAUUGUGGAAAUGUUUGACGUUAGUAUUUUGGACCCACAUUCAUGUUGUCUACAGUUUAAGUUACAGCAAGGCCAUUUGAGCCAUCUGUUAUCAGUGAACCCCCAUAUUUACUUAAGAGUCUAAUCUCACACCCCCACAGCAUCAUCACACUACCUCACACCAGGAUAUGCGGAGGGCUGCCUGUGCAAAAUCUAUUGGAAUAAUCUAUGUUUCAUUCCAACACCUCACAAUACAUCAGUAUUUUGUCAGUACUUAUUUACAUAUGAUAUUUACGCAACCUGAUUUCAGUGUCAUGGGACAAGUCUAGGUUGUUCAGCAAAUAUUACAUUUAUUGUGUUGUAAAACCGUUUUUAUUCUCUUACAAAUAAAAUGUUACUGGCAAGAUGAGAAAAAAGAAUUCCAGUCUUGACAUUCCAGAAGAUACCAGAGGAUGGAUGCUCACAUUUGACACAGCCUAAAACACAAACAGUCCUGCGCCAUCAAUCUUAAAAAUAACAUCUUUGGACACGGUUAUUGUGAGAUAAGGAGAGCUGGACCUCUAUAGCAUCAAAUCUUUGUGGUUCAGAGAGCUUGAUAUCUACAAGCCAAGCCUCUGUGUGUAAUCCUCUGCUUCAUAAAGUGGUAGAAAUAGUCCUACAAAUUACAACUUCAGCUAUCCUUUAACUUCCCACUUCUUACAAAGAGAUUUAUAUAUGUAAAAAUCACAGCAGAAGCACAUCUUGAAAUUGUUUGGGGAAAAUAUGUAUGAAGUUACUACAGGUUACAUACAUGAAAUGGAAACACUUUGGUUAUAGUCUAUAUUUGUACUGCUCAUCACUGUUUCCCAUACAGCCUCAAACUGUGGUUGCUUUAUGAUACUUACUGGCAAAUACUGCAGAGUGUAGGUGAAAUGACAAAUUUAUGAUGAAGCUUGCGUGACAAGUUCCUGUGAAUCUUUGAAAAAUCUCUGGUUAGCAAGAAGAAGGCUGGCCAGCUCCAUAUCAGCCUACUGUCUGCAUGGGGGUUCAUGGGAUGUACACACUAUUUAUAUCCUGUUAGGAAUGUCUUCAAAGCACUCCUCCCGCUCACUGGUGCCUUGCCAAAAACAAUAACCCUGUUUGAGGAGUUGUCGUGCUUAAAAACGAUCUUUUUAAAAGUUUGAUGUUAUUUGUGUGAAGUGUGCCCAUAGUUGAUGAAACAUCAUUAAGUAAAAUCAUAGUGAAGUUUACUUUUACUCUUGACAUGAUGCACUAUUUUGUACAUGAACAGAAUUAGUCAGAGAAGUGUGGCUGGUGAGAGGAAACUUUAUCUCAAAGGGAUUCAAAAACUAUUGAAACAAGUGAACUCUCCGGGCCGCGUCACACUCGCAGGAGGCGGCAACAUCAGCUUUGUAUCUUCAUCUUGAAUAAUUACUGGGAUUAAAGUAAUGUUAAUUGGAACAACUUAAUGUUGUGUACGUGCUAAUUCAUUUUCUCUAGAUAGCAAGGCCAUCCCUCUUAAAGCCUGUUGCAUUAUGCCAGAUGUGAAACGUUUUCAUGCAUAAGUAAUUUUCUUCCUGAUGGUGUACUGAUUACUAUCUGACAAUACAUGCAACUCCCUUGUUAAAUCACACUUUCCAAUUCAAUUAUCUUUCUAAUCAACUGCUCCGUUGCAGCGAGAACGUAGCGCAAAGCUUUUCACAAGAUUUUAAUGUUAUUUUUAGUCAUGUUUAAUCUAUCUAGGCAUGUCUCCUCACACACUAUAGCUCUGUUUCAUCUUUUGUUUCAGAGUCCAAAAAGAACUAUGCGUAGAGCAGCAUGGCAUGUUAAGACUUAUUAUCUUCAUUUUCACUUUGAAAAAGGGAUCCCUCUCAAUCCUUCACUAUUCAUAAGAAUAGAGAUAAUGCUCGGCUAAUUGCAUUUCCAUUAAAGACAAAAUUAGUAUUGCUUGUUCCCUCUCCUCGAGCCAUUUAUUUAUCCCAGACAUUAAACAAAGUUGAAGACUAGUUCAGGAAGAGAUGCAGAGCUGUGGCAACCCUCAACCUCCCAAAUUCUUCUCUCAAGGUUUAAUGAAAGCAACAGGCCAACUGGAUAGAGUCAACACAUUUCCUGGUGUUAGAUGUUAAAGGGAAAGCUUUAUUCGGGCCUUUUUAAAGGGGAAGAAGAGUGAAUGGUCAGAGCCAGCUGCAAGGGCAUUUUAGAGUCAGCAGCGGACGCAAGGCUAUUUUCAGUCACAAUAGUUGGAGGAGAUGUGGUUUUAAAUGUUUCAAGAUGGGUGCAGCCUCUUGGGAGGAGAGAGAGAGAGAGAACGAUGCAGAGAGCUGUUGCUUGUUGUCCUCUGCUAAAGCUACAUUACCUUGUUUGUCGAGCACAAUGCGGCAUCUGCAGGUAAUUGCUUUUUUUCAAUUGUCUCUAACAAGAUAAAGGCUGGAGGCGAACAAGGCAAAAAACCUGCGUCAAUCCCAGGGAGCUGGAGAAUAGAUGUGUAGAAGAAGAGACAGUUUGUCAUCAUUGAAAUCAGCUAUUGUCACGUCCAAGCGAUAGUGGGACUGAGCUCACCGCCUCCAG